CUCCCCGCAGGGACGUGAGCCCCGCGGCUGGGUCGGUUGGUCCCGAGUCUCAGUCUGCGGCGCCGGCUCCGCGCUCGCCAUGGCGCCCUGGCUGCUGCUGCUGGCGCUGCUGGCGCUGCUCGCGGGCACCGGCGCGGAGUCCUGGGAGCCCGAGACCACCGAGCUGCGGGGCCCGGCCCGCUUCGCUCUGGAGACGCUCAACCGGGAAGCCGGGAUACGGGCGGUGCUGCGGACCGUGCGCGGCCGGGUCCGCCGGGCCGGCCGGGGGUCGCUGUACUCGCUGAAGGCCACCCUGGAGGAGCCCCCUUGCAACGACCCCACUGUGUGCCAGCUCCCGGUGUCCAAGAAGACCCUGCUCUGCAGCUUCGAAGUCCUGGAAGAGAUGGGGAAACACAUGCUGCUGAGGCGGGACUGUCAUCCCGUGGACACCAGGCUUCCAGAUGACAAGAAUGAGACCAUCAGUUCAGCCCUCCAACUGUUGAACAAGGAGUCCCUGUCCCAAGACUUCUCUGAGAAGGUGGCUUCUGCCUUCAAGGACUUUGUCAUCACCUAUAACCGGACGUAUGAGACAAAGGAGGAAGCCCAGUGGCGUUUGACCGUCUUCACCACAAACUUAAUGCGUGCGCAGAAGAUCCAGGCCCUGGAUCGAGGCACGGCUCAGUACGGGGUCACCAAGUUCAGUGACCUCACAGAGGAGGAGUUCCGUACCAUCUACCUGAACCCCCUCCUCAAAGAGGAACCUAGCACGAAGAUGCGCCCAGCCAAGUCCGUGGGCAACUCAGCCCCGCCCGAGUGGGACUGGAGGGACAAGGGUGCUGUCACCAAUGUCAAGGACCAGGGCAUGUGUGGCUCCUGCUGGGCCUUCUCAGUCACGGGCAACGUGGAGGGCCAGUGGUUCCUGAAACAGGGGGCUCUGCUCUCCCUGUCUGAGCAGGAGCUCCUGGACUGUGACAAGCUGGACAAGGGCUGCAUGGGUGGCUUCCCCUCCAGUGCCUACUCGGCCAUCAAAGUUCUGGGCGGGCUGGAGACCGAGGAGGACUACAGCUACCGUGGCCACCUGCAGACCUGCAGCUUCUCGGAGGGGAAGGCCAAGGUGUACAUCAACGACUCGGUAGAGCUGAGUCGGAGUGAGCAGAAGCUGGCAGCCUGGCUGGCCAAAAACGGCCCCAUCUCCGUGGCCAUCAACGCCUUUGGCAUGCAGUUCUACCGCCAUGGGAUCGCCCACCCGCUGCGGCCCCUCUGCAGCCCGUGGCUCAUCGACCACGCCGUGCUGCUCGUGGGUUACGGCAACCGUUCCGGACAUCCCUUCUGGGCCAUCAAGAACAGCUGGGGUGCAGACUGGGGUGAGCAGGGUUAUUACUACUUGCACCGGGGUUCUGGGGCCUGUGGCGUGAACACCAUGGCCAGCUCGGCGGUGGUGGACUGAGCAGCAGCAGCAUGCCUGGUGCAGAGCAGAGCGGCCACUCCCCGCCUGGACCUGCACGUCCCGGCCCUGCAGCAGGAGGCCCUGCUGGUGGAGGCCUGGGCACCAGGAAACUCUGGGUGAGCCAAGAGCACCAGACUAGGGCACUGCCCCUCCCCUCACUCUACCCCUGAAGUAGCCCUGGUGUGGCACUGUGGUCGCUAGGAGGACCUGGGGGUGGAAGGAUGAUGUGAUGGUGGCCAAAGUGGGGCCAUGGGAUCCGGAGCAGUUGGGAGAAGCUACCCUGGCCGCCAGCCCCCAGCUCGGCCUGGUGGGCUCUGGCCCCCUGCCUCAGCUUUCCUCUGUCUGGUGGUAGGAAUUUCUGAGUCCCCCGGGGUUUGGGAAUGGCAUCCCCUGCUACAUGGAGAGAAACUACUGUAACAUCCCUUUUCUAAUAGCAAUAAAGAGGUGUCCUGGG